AUGUUCACCGUCAUUUUCACAUCUGAGAUUAUGGAAAUGCAUUAUGCAAAGGAAUUUGGCAUUUGUGGCAUGGAGCAUCAACGCAUCAGUGCGGAUCUCGAUUUCCUUCUCCUUUCUAUUGUUCUUAAGGCACUCACCUCGCUUAUAGCACUUGGACUCCUUCAAUCAUCGAGGCCCCCCCCCAUCCUGCCCACUACUACCCCCCCACAACCCCCACAACCUCCCACCCUCACCCGCCCCCGCCCGAGACACCUCCCCCCAGCAUCCUUACCCACCCCCCCACAAUCCCCACCCGCAAUCUCCUCCGCCCACGCCCCCCCUCGCCCCUCUCCCCCCCCCCCGCCACGAUUCCCCCCAGCUCACCCGAGCUCCCCCCGCCCGCGACACCACCCCCUGCACCCACAAUCCCCACCGCCACCCAGGCCCCCGCCCACGACCACCCCCAUUCCGCGCCCUCGCCCCCUGCGCUCACGACCCCCACCCCGGCCCUCGCCCGUGAAUCCCCCCCUCACCCUCGCCCACAAUCUCCCCCCACCCUCGCCCACCGCCCACGACCCUCCCCCCCGCCCCCCCGCCCCCCCGCCUCUCCCCCACGACCCCCUCCUCCAACGCCCUGCUGGAUGGGGCGGUGGCCGCCGUCUUUGUCUUCCUAAAAAUUCAGCAAGCCCAGGUAGCUUUGACCGGGUGCCUUCGGCCAGGGCCGCCGUCCUCAGGGCUCACGCACACAGCCGCCCCGCACUGUUGGGGCUCGUGGCUGUACCCCGUUACCACUCGAUAAGCACCCAAGGACACCCCAUACUUACAGGCCAAGGACGAGCGGAGCCACAGCCCGCAGCUUUCAGCCUCCCCGAGCUAAGCUUCUAG